CGGCGUCAUGCCGGGGGCGUCGCACCAUCGUCGUCGGCAGCGAGCGUCUCGACUGAACGUCCUCGUCUCCCCAGGCCAGUAUCAAGCCGGGACUCGCUGUCGAGAGGGUCGAUCCACCUCCUGCUGUGUGCUCGGUGAAACGGUGAACCGGUCGUGAUCAGAACGAAGAGAGAUAGAGAAACAGAGAGAGCGAGAAAUAGAGAGAGAGGAGAGAGAGAGAGAGAGAGAGAAAAAGUAGCGACGCGACGAGGACAGGCAAGCGCACGAGGAGGGAUUCACGUCGCUGGUGCGCGCGUUCGCCGUGUGUAUGUUCGCGCUUUCGCCGGAACCACCGCCGAGGGUGGCGAGAGACAGACGGAGAAAAAUGGAGCGCGCGACGACGAGCGCCGGAUCGAUCGCGAUAUGAACGGACCGCCGGCUCGAGGAGGACUCGAAUAUACCGACCGCGAGCUCGCGAGCGUCCCUUGAGCAGUGUCUGAUGGUUUAACCGGAACUCGCGAAUCCGCGCGAUCCGCCGCAAGGGACUGUCGUGUGCGGGCGCCAUUGAAAACCACCACGCACGCACCACGAGCUCUCGGCAGCGGUGAACGGCGAGUCGUGGCGAGCGACGUGCCGAGCGCGAUCACACGGAGAGAGGUUGGCCGCUCUCUCGUGAUUCUGCGUCGCGACGCGUCGGAGAGGGAGGGACAGAGAGCCGCGGUGUGUGGUGAAAGUGCUCAUCGCGUGAUUAGGUCGAGGUCGUGUCGCCUGUCGCUGGGACCCUCCGUCCGGUGUGACCUUCGCCAGGUGCCGCCGGAAAUGAGGCUCGAGGUUAGGUGACGUCCCUCGCGAUUCCCACAGACAGACUCGCGCGACACCCUCGUGAUCACGACGCUCCGCGCGCUCCGUGCUCGUGAUCGCGAAACUCGCCUGCCUGCACCUGCAGUCGCAGAGGAGUCGCGGUGAAAGUGUGUCAUCGACGUGACGCGACGCGCCGCGCUACGAGAGAGGCGACUCGAGGGUUGCAGCGCGCUCCGACUAGGCACCCUCCGCGUGAAACGGCUCCCUCGUCGUCGUCGUCGUCGUCGUGGCGGUUGUCGCCGGAUUACGACGUGCGGUCAGUCCGAGGACUCUCCAGGGAGAAACGGGAGAGCCGACCACCGAAGAUCGCAUCGAUGAUCUCUCUUGAGGUUGAUCGCUGAAUUUUCCAUAUCUUUGCGUCGUGUCACUGCGAAAUCAUCCACUAGGCCCACUGAUGUCACGCUCUAUGCGGACAAGUCUGAGGAAGUAACUCAUCGAAGAAAAAUCCGAGAAUCGAAGUGUCGACUGCCGUGUGAGACGUUUCCAGAAGGAGUGAAAGGACUUGCUCCGUGUAUUUUUUGACGCGCUUGAACAAUCGUGAACGCAACUGAUGGUCCCCGUAUUGGGAAUCGAUUAUCAGCGAACGGUGUCAUAAGGCGGAUAACUUCGUCGAGGUAUUUUCGAGGAAAGAGUACUAACUCGAUCUGUCGAUCUCUUUGAUUUCUAUUCGCGACUCGGACAGAUUGCUUCUGGAAUAAGAGCGAAGCAGUUUUCGUCGCGAGUCAAUUCAGUGACUGCAGGAAGGAGGAAGACGCCGCGUGGAUCUCUUUCUCUCUCGUCGCGUGUUCAGUGUGUUUCCCGAGUGCUCUCUCGAGUAGGUGGAGAUUCGCGGAUUUUGCGACGCAUCAUCCAGCCGACUGAUCGAAUUCGAAAUUCAAGACAUAUCCGAAAAUAUCGAUUUUUACCGAUUUUACAAUCGACGAGCCUGACGAAGCUCCGAUUGUAGUAAUCCUAUUGGAUAUAAGGCCAUCUUACUUAUCAUCGGGCUCACCUUUGCGGAAGUCGAGUAGGAAGCUUCAAAUUCACCGAUUCGAAGUGACGCUUCAAACACAACGAGAACUAACGACGCUGCUUCCGGAAUGCACGCGUUCGCUCGCAGAUACAGUCGACGUGGUUGAAUCGCGGAUUCGUCGUUCUUCCGGGACAACAUCGGCGGGGGUGAAGAACGAUUCUCCCGAGUUCGUUCGGCGACAAGUUGCGAGGGGGCUCGGGGGAUCGUCUCGUUAAUCGAGGACACCCACUUACGCGGCAGAUAGACAGGAAAGGAGAAAGAGCGAGAGGAGCAAGAGAGGAGGAGAGAGGAAAAGAGAGAAGGGACAGAGCCACCGGGCACGAGCCAGCGCGUACGCUCACAAACCGCGUAUCACACCCACGCGAUCCGCGCGUGCGUGCUCUCACGUGUGCGAAUGCAGCCGGGUGGCACAACGUGGCGGUCACGCACCCACGCUCCGAGCUGCUCCGCGGGAUGCGUAUGAGCGCGUGACGUUAUCGCGCGCGCCAUACACACACACACACACACACACACACACACAUACACUUACACUCACACGUACACUCAUCCAUAUCCAUACACAUACACUCACAUCCAUACACAUAUACAUAGACACGAGCAGCCCACGCGAAACACGGACGAAUGAACAGGAUCUAGCGACCAGUUCAGAGAGUAAUCAUGCAUCCCUCGCCUUUGCUGGUGGUGCUGCUGCUGCUGCCGCUGCUGUUGCUGCUCGAGCGCUGCCAGCUGGCACGCUCCUUCCUGUUGGAGGGCUCCGCGACUAGCUACGCGCAAUUUCGCAAAUGGAACUCCGGCUUGAACGGCACCCUGGAGUUCGAGUUCAAGACCGAGCAGGGCAACGGACUGCUGUUGUACACGGAUGACGGUGGCACUUACGACUUCUUCGAGGUGAAGCUGGUCGAGAGCGCGCUCAGGCUGAGGUAUAAUCUUGGCGGCGGUGCGCAGAUCGUUACGGUUGGCCACGAUCUCGGUGACGGCCACUGGCACAAGGUGCAGAUCACCAGGUGCAACGAGAACACCACAUUGACCGUGGACGGUGUCGGCGCGGUCUCGACGUCGCGCGGCAAGGAGUUCGAGUUCGGCAAGCUCGCCGGGAACUCGGAUGUCUACGUGGGCGGCAUGCCCAGCUGGUACAACAGCAAGCUCACGCUGCUGGCGUUGCCUAGCGUGAUAUUCGAGCCCAGAUUCAAUGGAUAUAUUAGGAAUCUCGUGUACGCGGACGGCGAGAAUACCGUGCCCAGGAGGCAGGAGAUGAAGAGCCGAGACAUCAAGUGCGGUGCAUUCCCGUGCGUCGACAAUGCCAUCAAACGCAAGUCCCCGAGGAGUUUACGCAACAUGAUGACGAAUACGACGGACGCCUGCGAGACUCGCGACCCGUGCCAGCACGGCGGCAUCUGCAUCUCCACGGACAGCGGGCCGAUCUGCGAGUGUCGUACUGGAGAUUACGAAGGCGCUUACUGCGAGAAAGACAAAGCUCCCUCGGAGGCGUCCUUUAGAGGAACUGAGUAUCUUACGAUAGAUUUGAGCAAAGGCGACCCGGUGCUUAGUACACAGGAAUCCAUAAGCCUGCAGUUCAAGACGAGACAGCCGAAUGGACUUUUAUUUUAUUCCGGAGAGGGCGAUGAUUAUCUCACCGUGUCGCUGAGAGACGGAGGCGCCGCGGUCGGGAUGACUCUGGCCAAAGGAAGAUUGGAUCUGCACAUAAAGCCGACCAAGUUGCGGUUCGACGAUAAUCAGUGGCACAAAAUCUCCGUCCACAGGAAGGUUCAAGAGAUCUCCUCGAUUACCAGCUUCUGCCGGCUUUCCGCCAUAGUCGACGGGGUUUACACCGAGCACGGCCAUACCGCGGGGUCGUUCACGCAUUUGGCGAGCGAUCGACUUCUCGUCGGCGGAGGUGCCGACGCGAGGUCCUUGCAGGGCGCCAAGGGGAUCAACAACUUCGUCGGAUGUCUGAGAAAGGUGGAGUUCGCGGCGGAGGGAGUCAAGAUGGAGCUAAUCGAGGCGGCCAAAAGCGGCGCAGCGGGCGCUGCCGCUUGGGGAAAGAUGGAUUUUCACUGUCGCGAGCCCAGAGCCUCGGAUCCGAUCACGUUCACUACCAGGGAGUCGCAUCUCAAGGCCGAUGCGGCGAUUAGCGCGAAGCGGCUCCACGGCACUUUGGUCACCUUCACCAGCCCAGAGUCCCACCUGGUUCUGCCGCCCUGGAAGGCCGCCAAGUCCGGAAGUAUAUCCUUCAAAAUCCGUACGAAUGAGCAGAACGGACUGAUCAUGUACAGCCGCAGCGGGGCGCACACGAGGCAAGAUCUGUUCGCCUUCGAAAUCCUCGGCGGACAUCUCUAUCUGCACGCCGACCUCGGAAGUGGCUCCGUCAAAGUGCGAGCGUCCAAGUCGCGCGUGGACGACGGUGUCUGGCACGAUGUCGCCCUGAGGAGAGUCGAAAGGGACGGCCGCGUCACCGUCGACACCUGGACAGUCGAGUUUCGCACUCCAGGCGACUCAACGCAAUUAGAUCUGGACGGUUUGCUGUACAUCGGCGGUGUCGGCGCGCCCUUCGCCCCGUUAACGGUGCCGCCUGUUUUGUGGACGGGCGCCCUUCGACAGGGCUACGUGGGAUGCAUGAGGGAUCUCGUGAUCAAUGGACACCCGGUGGAUAUCGCGGGAUACGCGCAACAGCAGGAUUCCGGUGCAGUGAGACCCGCAUGCCCCAUUCAAACCCCGCACUGCCCCUCGCAACCGUGCAUGCACGGUGGCCACUGUCUCGAAGGGUGGAAUCGAUUUCAUUGCGACUGCACCGGCACGCCUUUCACCGGACCCACUUGCGGCAAAGACGCCUCGACACUGCAUCUGAACGGCACGCAACAGUUGACCGCGUUGAUGCCGGAGGAUUCUAGGACGCAGGCGGAAGAGGUCAUCGUGCGAUUCAAGACGACGCGGCCGCGCGGGGUUCUCUUAGCGACGAGCCUGGAAAACAGCUCCGAUCGCUUGCAGAUCUACCUGGAAGAAGGCAAAGCGAGGAUGCUGAUCCACAUCGGCGAUCGAGAAAAGACACUGGUGGCUGGGCAAGGUCUCAACGAUGACAUGUGGCACACCCUGAGGUUCUCCAGACGAUCCAACUCGCUCAAGUUCCAGGUCGACGACGAGGCGGCGGUUCGAGUGGAGAAAGCGGAGUUGGGAAAGCAGAGCAUCCUGGAAUUUCGCACUCUCCACGUGGGCGGAUACCUGCACACGGGCGAGGAAAUGCCGCAUUUCGUGGGUCAGUUGCAGCAGAUCUGGUUCAACGGGUAUCCAUAUUUGGAGAUUGCGCGCAGCGCCGGGAAUCACGAGUUCUCGCAUCAGGGUGUCACACCCAUCAUCAGGGUGACCGGCAAAUUCGGCAAGAGGAACCAUCCGGUGCAUCGUCCGGUGACCUUCACCUCUAAGCACACCUACGUCGGUCUGCCGGUGCUCAAAGCGUACGUGGAGACCAACAUCUACUUCCAGUUUAAGACACGCGAGGCGAACGGCUUGAUCCUUUACAACGCCGGUAGAGAACGUGACUUCAUCGCGGUGGAGCUGGUUAACGGACACGUACACUACGUGUUCGACUUGGGCGACGGGCCCGUCAGGGUCAGGGACGCCUCCAAGUCCAAGUUGAACGACGGCAAGUGGCACGCCGUCAGCAUCGGCAGACCCGCCUCGAAGAAGCACACUCUCGCCGUGGACGACCACGUAACCGUCGGCAACAGCCCAGGCAGCAACGAGAAUCUCGAUCUCGACGGCAUAUUGUACAUCGGCGGAGUGGAGAAGACGCAGUACGGCCAGCUGCCGAAGCCGGUGGUCAGCCGCCACGGAUACGAAGGUUGCCUGGCGUCGUUGGACCUCAGCGGCGAGAGCACCGACCUCAACUUAGACGCCGUGGUGCCGAGCUCCCAAGUCAUGAGCGGAUGCGACGUCUACACCAACCUGCAUCCAGGCAAGAGGUGCACCCACGAUCUCUGCGCGAAUCAGGGCACAUGCGUGCAACAGUGGAACAGCUACACCUGCGACUGCGACAUGACGAGCUUCACCGGGCCGACAUGCAACGACGAGGCGAUCGCCUACGAAUUUGGAGCCGCCAGGGGGAUCAUCACGUACACCUUCCCGCCUGAACGCCGGCCGGAAAUGAAGAGGGACACUGUGGCUUUGGGUUUCGUUACCGGUGUAAACGACGCCGUGCUGCUUAGGAUAGAGUCCGCGUCGAGUAACGACUACCUCGAGAUCGAAAUCGUGGAGGGCAACGUUUUCGCGGUGUACAAUAUGGGCAGCAACGAUCACCCGAUCGGCGAAGUUGGCGUGAAAGUCAACGACAACCAGUACCACGUCGUCAGGUUCACCAGGACAGGGGCGAACAGCACGUUGCAGGUCGACGACUACAAUCUGCAGUCUAAUCAUCCGUCAGGUCACCAGCUGGCGGUGUUCAACAGCCAGUCCACCAUACAGGUGGGCGGCCGAUGGAAUCGCAGCAGGAACAAAAUCGAACGGCCAUUCCUGGGCGUGAUAGCCGGCCUGGUGGUCAACGGCGUCAGGAUCCUGGAGCUGGCGGCGGGCAAAGACGCCAAAAUCAUGACCAGAGGGGACGUCCAGCUCCUGCCGGCCGGAAGUCUGCUGGAUCGCGCCGCACCGUUGCAAAGGAUGCAACAGACACCCGCGUCCGGUUUCCCCGGCGUCAUGGACGACCUCAUAUUCUCCGGCGCCGGGAGCGGCUGCGCCGGUGACGAUGAGGACGAGGAGUGCACGCCGAUCUACGAGUCUGGCUCCGGUAAGUACGACAUCAUCACGCCUGUGUACGUGGCGCCCACGCGAUUGCCGACGACGGUGAAGCCGAAAUCGCGCAAGGAGAAUAUCCAGGAGCGUCCUUCCUGCGACGACGAGGAGGACUGUGAGGAGGGCUCCGGCGAUCCCGGCACGACGGAGGAGAUCUUCGUCACGUCGGCCACCGACAUCAGCUCGACGUACACGACGUCCCGCGAGUAUACGACCAGCCACAUCAGCACGCAGACCUCGUCGACGUCGUCGACAACGUUGAGCCGUGACGUCGUCACCGUCUCCGUCCAGUACAAUGUGUCAACCACAGAUCUCGAGACCAGCCACGGCAGCAGCGUCGUGACGCACCGAUCUACCAUCGUGACGACCCCGAGCACCACCACGGAGAUGACGGAGCCACCGCCGCCACCACCACCGCCGAUGUACCCGCCGAUGCCUACUCCGCCCAAGAACAACAACAACAAGCGGAUAACAUCCGAGGCGGCGGAGAACGCCGCGCUGAUAAUCGGCAUUAUAGCGGCCGCGCUGAUAGCAAUCGUGCUCAUCAUACUGAUAAUCCUCAAGUUCAAGAACCGGCCGGAGACCAACUACAAGGUGGACGAGACCAAAACGUUCUGCCAAGACCCGAACGCGGCCCUCUUGGGCGCCACGGGCUCCGGCCAAACGUUCAACGGCGCCCUGAAGAACGGCGCCAACGGCAGCAAGAGCAACAAGAAGCGAGAACUGAUAGACAUUAAAGAGUGGUACGUGUAAAGAGGUGGAGUCCACACGACACCUGGAGGACCGACUGGCUCUGUCUCCGUGUGCCGUCGCUCUGUGUGUCGAGGAUACACGGCUCGGUGCUACUCUCGCAUCUCUCGCCGCCUUUCGUCUUUUCCCGUUGGAAAGGUUCCGGGGAUCGAGGGACACCGGAUGAUCCGAAAGGGUGUAUCCAAUGGCGCGCGGCGGCAGAACUGCGGUUCUCGCGACCGGUAAGCGUGCAGGAAGCGCGGCGGUCGAGCGUUCUCGGAGAAGAGAUUCUUCUUCGCGCGCUGAGUGCCGCGUGUCAGGCGAGUCUCCAGGAUCCUGAUUCAAUAGCCGAGGAUCCGUCUCGGAGGAAGAUGAUCGGACGAGAGAGUUCUCAAGCUAUUUGCCGCGACGUGCUGGACAAUUCUCACGAAGGUGUCCUGCGACAUGUGACGAAGUCAGCGUUAAAUCGUGAAAUAAGUAUAUAAGCGCGUGCGAUGUUCCUCGAAGAGACUCUCUCGACGCCGGUCAAAAGGGCGAAGGUACUCAAUGAUGAUCGCUCACGAGAGGACCGAUCAAAGUAGGACUCCUUAUCGUGUCCCUUUGCAAUGUUCCUGAGAAGGACUCGCAGUGUGGGAGAGGUCAAUCCGCACGAUCAAGUAUCCUUGACAAGAUACGUUUUCUAAGGACUCGCCUACAAUUCGCAAGAUCGUGCGCGCAGAAGAAAGAACGUGUUCGCCUCUCGAGAGAAGGACGACAAGGAAGACGUUGGUCGGAGCUACGUUGCUUUCAAUCGGGUAAUCUGACAGACUCCUUCUCUGACUCCAAGCAUGCGGAGUCAAGGUAGGGUGAAUCGCGCUCAGAGAAGUCCCCUCAGGACUGUCUUCUCCGCGAAGAGAUCCAAUGAAGAGUCGACUGACAGUGAUCCAGCGCUGCUCCUCUCGUUCCCUCGACUCGUGCGACUCCUUUCUCGGGAUAAGAGGGAAGCGCAGAAAAGCAUGGACCGAGCAUUGAUCUUGUCUCGAUCUCUGAAACGACUUUAAGGAACAGAGAGAUGAAGCGUGCGCGAGGAUCGAAUUAGGGAAUAAUUAAUGAAAGAGACACUGAGCGUAUGGUAUUGAACGCAGCGAGCGAUUCGCGCGACAUGACACGAGGAAUGCGUCUUAGGAAUCAACUUGCACCGAUGAGAUAGGUCGUUUUGUUGUUUUGUGGAUUUUACUUCCAACAUUCUCGCCGCGAAUGAUCUCUUAAGUAAGAAAUUCGCAAUGUGGCGCGCGUGAAGUACCGUAUCAUCGUAUUGUUUAUCGCUGUAAGAUUUUAUGAACGUUACGAGGUUUUCGGGUGAAAUCGUUGACGUCUCUGUUUAGGGCAAGUGGUUUGCGUUGAUCCAUUCGUUAGUUUAACACGCGAACGGCACGAGGCGCGUUGUAUCGCGCGAGUUCGUUGGUGUGUCAGGCACGAUGUUAAGUUUCACAAAGCUGAGUUUCAUACAACGUUCUGCACAUUCGUCGUCGCUGCGGCACGACGCUUCGCCUAAAACGAAGCGCUGUUUAACGCGCGAUUUACCACCGAUCGACUCGAUGUAGAUAUUAGCGGAUUAGACGGUAAGAGGAAGAAAGCCGUGGAACACAUGAACGAAUCCCGUCGCAGUCGACGAUGCAAUUUCAAGCCGAGUAUUGUUUCGAUGCGAGCGCAGUACCUCCUGAUAGCGAGAAUCCGAGUCACGUUUCAUUCGCGACGCGCGUAAGACCUCGUAAGAACGAGAUGUUGGAAGUGAAACGUAAGUUAGAGGAACGAAAGUGUCGCGAUCGGGCGAUCCUACUCUAUCCUAUUAACACAUUUAUUGUUGUAUAGAAGGCAAGAGCAAGAAAAAAAAUAAUAUAUAUGUAUAUGAUACACACCCGCGACACAGACACACUUAUCGAUUAUGUUAUGCGUGUAAAUUGUUUGACGGAUUAAAUAGAUUUUAUUAUACAUAUAAAGUCUGUUUUGUGUGAGCGAAGGAUACGUGACACGCGUAUAAGCAACGUCCGUGCGGAACACUCGAGCGCGAAGUAUACUCAGCGAGGAGCAUCGCGGGGCCUACGAGUCUCUCUCGCUCACUCUCUCUCCCUCUCUCUCUCUCCCUUUCAAAAGUAAAUUCUUCGUGUAUGUCUUUGAAAAAUUAUCAAAUUGCCAGGAUAUCGCGACGUUUGAUUCCAUUGAACUUCAAGGUAACAGCAGUUCGCUCGAUAUUCCUCGAUACUCUCGACGCGUCCAUGCGCUCGAGUGUCCCGCGCGAGAUUGUACGUAAGUGACUCUUAUACAUAUGGAAAGUAAUCUGUAAGUAAUCCGGGAGAGUGGAGGAAAGAAAAGAGCGGAGGUACACUUAAGGAAUAGGUGAUUCACAGCAUAUACGCGAAUAUGCUUACACAUAAAUACAGGGUGUGAAUGCAGUAUUGUCAGAACGAGUUGGGUGACAAGCUCGGCGGUCGUAUAAUAAUGAACGCCGGGCGCUUAACCGCACGGCGAGUACACCAAGUCGUUUCUACCAAGUUGCAUUGUCUCCUCCUGAUUGAGAUCCAGAACGGCCCGGAUCCACGUCCCGACGAGUCUGCGUAUACUUUCACACGUUGUUAUUUCGUUUAAUAUUACUAUUAACGUGAUUAAUCGUUGACGCAGCCGGCGACAACAGAUUUCUUUCCCAAGGCCAAAGAGAUUGCGUCAAAAUUUCGUACAAAGAUAAUUGAAUUUUCAUCAAUAUUGAAUUAUAUAAAUGUUAAAUUAUAUAUAAGUUAAAUUACUAAUAUAGAACUAUAUAUAUAUAUAUAUAUAUAUAUAUAUAUAUAUAUAUAUAUAUAUGAUAUUAACAAAUUAAAUUACUAGUAGUUUCUCUUUGAAUUAUUACUCUUUUUAAAUUUUUAUAUUAUAUUAUUAUAUUAUAGUAUAUUAUAUAUUAUUAAAAAAGACUAAUCGUUUCAAGUUAUAAGGGAAAAGAGAGAAACGAUUGAUUGUUCGUUGCGUUGAUUGGUGCGGCCGAUAAUUAACACGGUUAAUAGUAAUAACGAGCCGCGCGACGAGGAGGCGAGACUCGUUGCAGAAAAAGAAGCAAUAAAUAACGAAGGGAGGCUUAGCGUUUAAGCUGAUCUGUCUGUGUAAAGCGCGGCGAUGCGUUCGGUUGAGUCCUGAAGUGUCGGUUCCGUGCGACUCUCGAGCGGACUCGCGUGAACAAUUCGUCACGUCGGGCCUGCUCUUCCCAGUUUGCAAUUUUUACGCGCGCUUCCGUUCAUCUUUCAGGCCCCCGGCAACGAGCGUGAGAAAGAGCGGCCGGGAAGAGGACAGACCCAAAGUGGACGAACGAGAAAAGGGAGAGAGUGUAUGCAAGUUGUCGUUCAAACGCACGUCCACGCCAGGGAUGAGUAAAAUACCGCGGAGGGCUGCGAGAACAUAGUCCUGAAAUAUUCGUUAAUUUACGAGCGAGCGGACAAGCAAGUUCGUCAAUUUCCGCGCGAUGGUGGGAACGUUUAACAAUACAUAUCCGAGGCACGAUUGAUUGACGGCGGAUCAAACGAGAAGAAGACGAAAAGGACGCGCCGUAAUUGAAGUAAUAAUCGUAAAUUUCCUACGAAAGGUUGUAAAACUCUUUGAUUAAAGUCGAAACGCAAAGGUAAGGGACGGAACAAAAUCUCAAUUCGUGCAACUGAAUAGGAACCAGAUGAAAAUUCAGCAACAUGAAAUCAUAGGUAUGUUUAUUGUGGCUGAACCAGCGUAUACUUUCGGAACUUAAAAAGAAACAGGUGUAUAGCUGUGACUUGGUGUAAAGAAGAGAAAAAGAAAGAACUAAUACAGACUAAAGUGUAGCUAAUUCAGCUACAAAGAACAGACCACAUGCCUCUGUUACUGCAACCAAGAACGUUUGUCUGAACGUUCAGUCGUGUUACAACUUGGUUGCAAUAACUGAAAGUUGAUUGAAUUAGAAACAUCCUACAGGAAUCUCUCUAUCCCUACAACCGAAUCAGACAACAAAAACCUCUAAAAAACGUCUUACUCUCUUUGGGUAUCUCUCAGACGUCUUUAAGAUAUCUUUUAGAAGUUUGUACUGUUUAAGGAGUUUUUCAUCUGGUUUUUCGUCCCUAUACUUAUCAGGCAACGGAGAAUUCGGUUAUACUAGCAUAAUUGUUUUUUCCGUGUACUGUGUACACGCAAGUACAAACCGAUUUGUUAUUGAUAAUAAAUUGGAAUGCACCUGCGCGAACAGUAAAUUUUUAAUAAAUGCAAACUAUACCUGCAAUUGGCUCUUAUCGUCCUUUACCUUUGUGUCUUCCACCGUAAGUUUCCAAACAGCAAAAAUCGCCAAUACGAGUAAUUAUUAGCAAUUACUAGAUGGCAAAUUAAGAAUCUCUCUCCGGUGGUGACCCCGCGUUUCCUUUGUACACCAGAGGAGGCUUCCGCCGGUCUUGUACGGCAGUUUGACAUUUUUCACUUGAAAACGAUUCAGCAUAGUCGCGCGAGUUAGACCGAUAGAUGCGUCUUGGAACGACGGGGACGGCGAAUAAUAGCAGGCUUCCCCUGACAUUAUUAGCAAGUGACUGCAGCGAGUACUUUGCCCAUCGCUGGUCGAGACUGACUCUCGGCGAUCAAUCGAAGGCGAGGAAAAAACGUCCGAUUGUUAUAAACUGCUCUCGAAUAUUUUGUAAACGCCGCGAACCUCCUUCUCUUCUGUAGUUGCACUUCCUCUUCUACGUGUGGAAUCUCUCUCUCUCUCUUCUUUAUCACGAUCGCUACACUAUUUCAUGAAAUCUCGGGAUCGGUUGCUAGUAUCGAUAGUUUUCCUCUAUCUGCCUCUCUCUUCCUCUAUCUCUCUCUCCCUUUCUGUCUAUCUCUAGCUCUCUGUCUAUUCUAUCUCUCUGACAGAAAAAGGAAUCUCUAUCCAUCAAUCUAUCUAUAUAGUGCAUUCGUCGCUUCUCUCUUCCUGCCAGACACGUUGUGGGUAAACGAAGAUUUUAUUAACGAGUCGCAAGUCGAUACGUAUCUCGAAGCAACAAUCCUCAGGGAAGCGCAGGUAACGCGAUCGAUCGGGAAGAAACAGGGGUUUCCGUAAAUCGAUCGAUUACCCGCUCAUUAUUAGCACUGACCGGUUGAUCUUGCGAUCUUUCACCAGUUAAAAAAAAAUUCGAGAAGCUCGAUCCUCUUUAAGUCUUCAAUCACGGUCUCGUUCCGUUCCAUUCGGUCUGGAAGAUGAGAAAUUCCUCCGUCGCUCGAAUUUCGCGAUUGGAACAAGCUUCUUUGUUUCUCUCUCUUUCUUUUUUUCUCUCUUUCUUUCUGUUUUUGUCUGACGGGUUCUCACAUAUUUCCGAUCUCGACGAGAUCGAAUCCUCCUCUCUAACGAUGUAUCGAUAAACAAACGCUAGCGAGACACGGCUACGUACUACACAAAUCCCGCGAGUCGACAGGUCGGAUGAAGCUUCCUUAAUCCUUAAUAUCUUGCACAACAGCUUGGACCUUAUCAUUGAGGUGAUAAGUAAAGAAAGAAAAAAAAAAUACAAGAAAAAAAGUGCCGCGGUCUAUUUUUUGCGCGGAUCGCUUUUACGCUUAACGAGGCACGAUAAAUCUUAAACUCCUCUCGUCUUCGCCGGACUUGCAAUUGUUCACUUCCUCUUCUCCACUACCCCGAAACCUCCUACACUCCCCCCUCCCCAUGAGUCUCGAAAUUAUUUGUAGACUAUGGAUAAAUAAAUCGGUGUGUGGAUUUUUGUAUGCAUUUAUGUGACUAAACCUUGCGCGCGGGCAGUUUUAACGAUAUACACGCGACAACAACGAUAUAUUAAUGAUGUACUAGAAACGUUUCUUCCCUUCCGCGCUUCACGAUCGAUCGAUCACCUUCGGACCGUUGGGAUUUUAUUUCGUAUAAACAGUAAAAAAAACAGCAAAAAAAGAAAACCAUAACGAUAAAGCGACUUUCGCGAUAAAGCGCCGCCAUCGUCGUCGUCAUAGUCCUCUUUCUUUCUUCUCGGUCCUUUACCAACGGGAGUCGACACCUGCUCUUUAUCGACAGGGGAAUCCAAACAUAUUGUUAUCACUGCCCUCCGAUUCUCUAUCUGCAUAUCCUUCGAUGUACCGAUGACUAACGUUUAUACUAAACUAAAUUUAACUUCUAUAAAGAUAUAUUUACCGAGCAGUGUUACUCUACUAUUAACUCUUACGCAUUAUGUCGAAUUUAAAGGAGAAAAAGAAGUAAUAAUAAAAGAUAAAAAAAAAGAAAGAAGAAGAAGAAACGUAUCGCGAAUGAGCGCUGCAGCAGUCGGAGUAUAAAUCGAGGAGUUAUAUAUACCGAGAUAUCGCCACGACUAACGAAUUAACGAACAAACUGAUAAUAAGCCGGGAGAAUAAGCGAGAAACGAUAAGUGAACGGGAGUAAAAGAAGAAAGAAGGGAAGAGAAGAUAAACGCUCGCUCACAGCUGUAUAUCUAGAGUCGCUAUAGCUAGAUGGAAUUAUAUUUUACAUUGUACAGUCGCGCGUACGUACGAGUGCACUAUGAUGACUUAGAUAGUAAACCAUGUUCGCGUAUUGGACGAAGAGAAAAGCGCGAAGGCAGGAGAGACGGGAGAGACGGAGCGGAGAACGCGAACUGAGAGACGCGUGUUACGUGUGUGUAAGAGUGAGAAUCCUGCGAAAUUCCACACAGGAGCGGACACACUUUCGUUGUCGACUGGCUGCGAAUUUCCACGACACGUUGUAUGUAUGUAUGUAUAGUAGAGAAGACAUAUACACGCAGGUGGCUGAUCCCCGAAGCGGUGAAGAGAACGUGUCGGCGAGCGGAUCGUGUUGCGCAAACUGGCGCUGUGCGUAAAUCCUCGUUUAAAAAAAAAAAAAGAAAGAAAGAAAAGAUGAACAAAUCAAUCAAAUCAAAAAAUCGAAUGAAGCGGCGACACUGAAGAGGAUCACUUGAAAAUUCAUUUGUGAGAUACAAAGCUUAUUACUGCGAAAUAAAGUUUAUUUUUGUGAAAUAGAGUUUAUUUCUGUGAAAAUAAACUUUGUGUUCCACAAACGAAUUUUCCAGUAUUUUUUCUCAGUGCACACUGAGACAAGAAAUUCUUGAAAAUUGAGUUGCGGGAUAUGAGUUCACAGAAAUGAACUUUACACACAUCCCGCAAAUAAAUGUCCAAGUAUUUCUUCUCAGUGCACCGUUAAAAAUCUCACAUAGGAAUUGAAAUCGACGUAAAAGGGCUGAAAAAGACGAAGGGGGUUUCGCUGUGAUUCGGAUUUAUUCACGAUUAUGUAUUUAGCUCGUGACAGAUCGACGCGAUGAGAAAGAUUCCUUUGUCGUAAAUUCCACGAAAUUUCGCGAACGAUGCGAGAUAUUUCGCUUGAUCUUUUCGGCGACCUCAGCCGGACACUGCGGCGAAGAAACGUGUCGCACAGCGCCAGGAUGGACCGUCGCGAGUCAACACGAUUCUGCAGGGUCGGAGUUGGCCGUUCUGUUCCACACAGGUUAUAUGAUAUAUAAAUAAAUACGGUAAAUACGGGGUAGAAACGUAUGUGGUGUGUUUAGAUUUUUUACACGUCAACAAGGCGGAGGGUCCCGUUUCGUUAACAUUCGCCUUCCCUAUGCGGCGUACUUUUAAGCUGGGCCUCGAUCGAGUUUUCCGUUAUCAUUUCGCCUGAUAUAUAGUUUACAGUCGGCAGGAACGGAUCGGAGCUGAGUGAAACGACUAUUUUUUAUAUUUAUCGCGAUGUCGUUCGGCGAUCGCGAAAGAGAGCGAAUAGUGUUUGAUCUACGCUACACACCUUAACGUUUAAUAUAAAAUUAGGGCAUGACCGCGCGCGCUCGUGGAAGGGAGAAAACACGGAGACGAGGGCGAACUGUGUGAGCUUGCCAUAUCGGUUAUAUAAAUAUUGAAAUAGUGUUUUCAUCAGCUUCAAGGAAGAUACAUUUUCACGUUAAUCUCUCGCAAUGAUGAAGAAGAACACGGGAAGAAAAAUAAAAGAAAAUAAGAGGAGAGGAGAGCAGAUACACACGCAUAUACACACAAGUGAUUAAAUGUAGUGCGCGCACUGACGCAUUACUGAUAUUCUCCCGAGACAUUAGGGACAUUGUAAAUACAUAGGAAUAAUGCCGUAACUACGAAAUUAUAUGAAUAAAGUAUUAAAACUGUGCACACGA